GACAUCAGGACUUUAUUGUGCUACACAGGAAGUAAAGUCGAGUUAGCUAAGUGAGUGGGUUGAUACGAGCUAAAUUGCUAACUGUUUGCUCACUGACCGAAUUAAACUCUUUAUAAUAGAAAAAAUAUCAUUUAUUCAACAUGCUGAUCAAAGUGAAGACCCUGACUGGAAAGGAAAUAGAAAUCGAUAUUGAACCUACAGACAAGGUGGAGCGAAUUAAAGAAAGAGUGGAAGAAAAAGAAGGGAUCCCCCCACAGCAGCAGAGGCUGAUCUACAGUGGGAAACAGAUGAAUGAUGAGAAAACAGCUGCAGACUACAAGAUCCAGGGUGGCUCAGUGCUCCAUCUUGUGUUGGCGUUAAGAGGAGGAUCAACACCUCACAGCUGCAGCAUACACCUCUCCUCUUUAUCAUGAGCUGCUGAGACCUGCUGAACGCCAGCAUUUAAAAGCGUAUGUUACCGUGCUACAGUGAGGGAAAAAAAUGUCAAACUCCACUCAUCAGGCAACCCAACAACAAACAGAAAAUCAAGCCUCAAAAAUGGACGUUUUAUUUCAUUUGUAGAUUAUAUUUUGUAAAUCCACACUGGCUUUUUUCCUGUUUGAAGGCACCCACACUAGGCGACAGAAAGUCUAAAAACACUUUUGCUUGUGAAUAAAGGCUGAAAAUGGA